AUGGCGAUCCUGCGCCACCCCGCUCUGGUUGUCCUGGUUCUUCUCGCGUGCAUCAAAAUGGCUGCGGCGCACGAAUUCUUAAUCGUCAUUCAUUCAGUUGGCCUGGCUUACAACGCCUCAAUCCUGAGCGACGCUGCCGAAUACACGGCAGACCUGAACCAGCCCGCUCAACUUCUCCUGGACCCCUUUUUCCGCCUUGACGCAUCAGAUCCCAACGCACCGCCGCUGUGGUCCAGUGCCAUCAACCCCCAGCAGGCACCAGCCCCAUCUCGCCUUGCGCUUCCUGCCCUGGACCUCGUGUGGCGCACCAACGACGACAACCUCACCUUCUCCGUCUGGGACGACGAUCAGGGUGAUGCGAACCAUCACGCCUUUGACCGCAGCUUCAUGGCCAGUGACCAUCUGUUCAGCACGCACCUUCGACUGUCGCCGCUCAACCCCGCUUUGCAGGUGCAACUCAAUGCCAGCACCAAAGCCCUCACUCUGAGCCUCAACUACAGUGCCUGGCCCUGCGCAUGCCAGUCUUCCGGAGGCUCUUGCAUUCGCGGCAACGACGACCCGGCUAACGUCGCUUGCCAAUGCCCCCACGGUCAUUAUUCCCACUCGGAUCUUCAUGGCCGGCCCACCUGCCAGCCUUGGGCGCAGUGCCUUGCCGGUCAAGUCGAAGUGCAGGCCCCGUCCCCAUUUAUCGAUCGUCAAUGUGCAGCUUGCGGCCCAGGCCAAGCAUGCCCCACGCCGCUGCCCGCCACAACCCGAGACUGCCUCGCUCAGGAUCGCCUUUAUGCUACCGGAAACGCCACCAUCUGUGCCAUUGACCCUCGAUCCGGUGGCCACUAUCUGCAGACCGAUGCGCAUGGUCGAGGCGUGGUACGCCUUCCCUGCCCGACCAAGAGCUUUUGCCCACCUGGCGCUCUGUGCCUGGACGCCUGCAUCUCUUGCCAAGAAUGUGGUGACAGCUUUUCCCAAGCCAGUGCCUGCUCGGCCACCAGCAACGCCGUCUGCGAGCCCGAAACGACAUUUUGCAAUAACCUUGACUGUGGUGACGAAGAGUGCCUCGGCGCCAUCAUCUUUGUGCGCGAAGCUCGCUGCGAGUGCCCCGAUGGUCAGACCUGGAACUCCACGUACCGCCGGUGUAUCUCUGACGCAACCCCCUGCAAUUUUGGCAUCACCGUCUGUGGACAAGCCUCCUGCCAAGCUCAGGGCGCCAGCUUUAGCUGUCACUGCCCCAAAGGUCUGACUUUUGAUGGUCAAGGUGCCUGCAUUGAUCAAGAAGAUACCUGUACCCCAGCUUCAUGUACCGUCAGUGAGGAUACUGCCUGCGUCGAUCUAGCAGAGGCCCCCAUGUGCCGUUGCGACGCCCUGAGUCACGGCACCUCGUGUGAGCACGACCUGCAGCCCUGCCAGCUCGAUGGCAAACCUACUUGCUCCCACAAUGCCAGUUGCUCUUACUCGGGCGUCUUCAACGAGGAGGCCAGCGCCCUUUCCGUGCAGGAUCUGAUGUGUGCUUGCGAAGAAUCAGGCUUUGCUGGGUCUCAUUGCACCCUCGACGUGGAUGAGUGUGCUCUGCAACCCUGUGGACUACAUGGCACCUGCAUCAAUCUGCCUGGCGGCUUCACUUGCAACUGUGACCCGGGGUAUGACCAGCCCUGGGAGAACGCACCAUGCUCCGACGUUUCGAGCCCCAACAUCACGCUGGACAACGCGUUCUUUUCCAUUGAUAUUGCAGACGGAUUGUCGGUCAGCUCAGUCUUACGCCUUACCCGGCCUCAUGUGUCAGACAACAGCGGCGUGGUCCCGGCCUUGGAGGUGGUGGUCCCUCUUAAUAUGACGGCCAACUCCAACGUAACAGUGACUCUGCGCGCCGUUGACGAGACGGGAAACAGUGCCACCCAGCUCGUGAUCGUGCGGGUGCUCGAUCUCUCCGCCCCCCUGUUGACAUUACGAGCCGAGCCAGCGAACCAACACCCCGUCCAGACUGCAUUUGUGGCGCCCACGGCCAUGGCUCAGGACGCCGUCGAUGGGCCGUGCCCCGUCACCCUCGUCAAUUCGGUUGACAGCAACCGAUUGGGCUGCUAUGACCUCAUCUGGUCUGCGCAAGAUCAAGCAGGCAACCGAGUCAAGCUUUCGCGACAGGUUUGCGUUGUCGAUCGGAUUCCGCCAACCUUGGACAUUCAAGUCUCCUCGGUACCCCACCGUGUUCCCGUGGGGUCCACCUUUGCACCGCCCAGCGUUGUGGUUCAAGACAAUUACGACGCCAGCGCUAGUCUCGAGCAGUGGCGGGUCCCAAAUACGAUCGACACCCGUGCUGAGCCCGGCUCUGAGGCACUCCUCACCUACUUUGCACGAGACGCCAGCAACAACACCGGCAACGCCACGCUACGCCUGCUCUUUGUGGAUAUUGAGGGACCUGUCAUUACAUACAAUGAGCAACCCGUGUCGCGCGCCACUCAAACCGUUGCGUUUGGCACACCACUUCGGGGCUUGCCCAUUGGCAUCAACGACAACGCCGACCUGAACCCACGGUGGAGCGCCAGUGGGUAUAGCCGCUGCACAGCGGGCCUGCAAACCCUUCGCAUCAACGCAAGCGAUGCCUCAGACAACGUUGUUCUGGCUUAUGUUGACCUGGACGUCACCAGCCCCUCAAGCAGUUACAUGACUCAAGACUUGGUGCAGGCCAGUUGGAAAGACGAGAAUGUUGACAAGACCCGAGUACCACUUCUCUUGCAAACAGUUGUGCCGGACCUUUGCGUGCAGCUCGUCUCGUCUGGUACAGAUCACGUUGUUGCUGCCUUUUACGACACCCAUCGCCAAGACUGGCUCGAGGCCUCCAUUGCAAUCGACCGUGUGGCUAAUGGUACGCACAAUAUCUCGACAGCUGGUACCAACGCAGAUGGAAGCGGAGUGGUGUCCGUGGAACAGAUGUCCACGCCGACCUCCAUCCAGCUGGGUGGCAUAACACUUGAGCUCGUGGCCUAUGCCGGUCUGUCGAAUGGCAACGGAGAUAAUGAGACGACCUCGCCGACUUCGUCGGCUGGGUCCAUCGCGCUUGUAGCCGGUGUGGGUGCCGGCGCGGUGCUACUCUUGGCUCUAACCAUCACCGCUGUUGUGUUCUGGCGGCGCGUGCACCAGCGACGUAAGCGUGACGCCGUACGCACGCGCUCAAUGGCGGAAGCUGACAUGAGCAAAUUUGAGUUUCACAACAUGCGCCACAUGGCUGAUCUGCCGGGUGGGCGGAUUCCAGCAUCUUUUCAUAGCGUUGACUCAAACGUAACCUCUCUGCCCCACGAUGAUCGCGUCUAUGCCACCAUCUCCGUCACGGAGCGCUCUGCGCAGACGUUGGCUCAACAUGCUGAAAACUAUUAUUCAGAGAUUGGUGACAACACCCUAGACAGCAGCCAAUAUUGCGUCCCUGUGCCCCUUCCCGAUGGCCAUCUCUAUGCCAGCCACUUGACUAUCAACGCCAAGGCCAUGGAUGUCAACUUAAAGCGGAGUGGGUCAGAGAUGCAGGUCCCAACUUACAUUUCUCGGCCACGAGAUAUUGGCGCGCCUGUGCCCGUGCCUAUCUACGAUGAGUUGGGCCAGGUUCUCAGCUAUCAGCUGCGAGCAGGCUCGGAGCACGGUGGCAUGCACAUUUAUGUUGCGCCCGUGCGCGACCCGGCAACUAGCCCACGCGUCCCUUUUUAUGAUGAGCUGGGCAACGUGGUUGGUGAGACAACCUUGCCACCACUCAACCAGGUAGAAGUAUCGUCCCAACAGCCUGUGAGGGGAUUUGUGCAGACCCCUUCCACCGCAGCUGAUGGCUUUCAGAGCCUCACUUUUACCUCCUUCGCCUCGAGCACGGGCAUUAUCUCGAUGCCUCCCAGCAUUGCACGCCGCGCUGCCGCACUCAAUCCGAGCAAUGACGCCGGGACUAGCCCGCGUCUGGCAUGGCAAGAGAGCAUUCAAUCGGGCAGUUAUGGGUUUGAACUGUCACGCAGAUCCUCGAGACUAUCUGCACAGCACCAUGCGGUCACUCAACGCGGAGUGCCGGGCAACGCUGACCUUGAGGAAGAUGCAAGCCAAGCAUCAUUAUCAGCGGCUGCCGUUGAUUUGAUGGAAGCCACUGCACGCCCCUCUAGUAACAAUGAGCCCAAAGAUCGCGACGAUGGCGAGUAUCUGCGUGUUGACGGCAUUGUUGGUACGGAGGAGCCGAGCGAUGCCCUUGACCGUAAUAUGCUCGCUGCGCUGGAACCCCGCUCUGGAAUGCCUUCGCCUCCGCCGCCUUCAGCCGCUUCGGCCCCAUCAACAGACGCGACUCUGUCAAAAAUCUUUACGGUGCACACCAUGAGUGGAGUGGAUGCUGAGGUGAAGCUAGCAGACGCAGCGCCGGGCACGUACCUUCUGCGCCUCGUCGUAGGGGGUAUCACAUCCCAGUCUUGCGAUUUGUGCGUGCGAGGCGCAGACACUUUCACACACCAUGCUCUUUAUUUCACAAAGGAGCAAGCAAUGUACUUUUUAGAUGGCACAGUUGGCUCUACUUCUGUCACCUCCUUGGAUGAGGCGAUGCUAGACAUUCUUAAAGCUAACCCUAGCACCUUUAUCCAGCAAUGGCAGCGCGGCGACCCGGCUUUAUCACUCAUGCAGGCCCCGCACGAGGAUUAA